AAUGGGGAGGGAAGAGGAAAGCAACCGCUUCCAUGGGAGCCCUUCCUCUGGAUGGAACCCAGUUAGGACCCAUUUUAACAGACGUUUGGAUUUCCAUCUAGGGAUAGAAACAAGCGAACCAAAUGCUGUAGUGAUCGGGCUGGCUCCUGACCAUUUCAACUAUCAAACUAUGAACAAAGCUUUUAGGCUGGUGCUUGAUGGGGCUCCCCUCAUAGCCAUUCACAAAGCAAGGUAUUACAAGAGGAAAGAUGGCCUUGCCCUCGGCCCAGGACCAUUUGUGACAGGCCUGGAGUAUGCCACUGACCAGAAGGCCAUGGUAGUGGGGAAGCCAGAGCAAACUUUCUUCCUGGAGGCCUUGCGUGGUACCAACUGUGGACCUGAGGAAGCUGUCAUGAUCGGUGAUGACUGCAGGGAUGACGUUGGGGGUGCCCAGAACGCUGGCAUGCUGGGAAUAUUGGUGAAGACUGGGAAAUACCGAUAUGCUGAUGAAGGCAAAAUUAACCCACCCCCUUACUUAAUCUGUGAGAGUUUUCCCCAUGCUGUGGAGCACAUCCUCCAGCAUCUGCUCUGAAGAAGCACCACAGCACUCGAACGUCACCUUCCAGGCCCAGACAAUGAAAUGGCCCACAGCAUCUUUUGCAGAGCGUUCGGCUUGCUUGGUGUACCUCCUUGGUGCAUCUCUGCCAUUUUGGGGACUGUGCUGGAACGAAUGCUCUCACCCUAAAAAUUGCUCCCCACACACAAAAAGUUAUCCUGUCCAAAAGAAAGAAGUCUGUGCCCAACCUUCCCGUCUGGCUUGCUCGCUUCCCAAGUGCAGAGAGGGAAUGUGUGUGGUUGAAAAAAGAAAGAAAUAUGCGGUUUACCCUUAUAUGGGGCAUAGAUUGGCACACUCUACAUUGCUGGUGGGAUAUAUGGGUCCGUUCUGACUGCAUGACUGUCCAUCUUCAUGGAAGGAAGAGAAAGUGCACCUGAUGCCCAGACCUUGCUAAAUACUACUAAUGUAUGAUGGGCUCACCUGCCUCUCCCUGGUGAUGCCACAAGCUGGCAGCCUCUCGGUCUCUGAACAACUUGUACAGCAGAAAGUGAGCACAUUUUUUAAGGUUCUUCCUUAGGCAGAGAUAGCUGGCACCUUUCAGAGUGGGCUGCUUUAAUGAAGGUGUCAGUCCUAGGGCAGUGAGUUUUGUGUAUGUCUGGAAAUGCAGUAAAUGUAGCUUUGCCUGGCAUCUAAUGACUAGUACUUGGGAACUCCUUUGAAAAAGGGAUUAUUUCAGAAAGUAAAAGGAGGAGGAGUAGAGCCUGGCAUGAUCUUGGGGGUCUUCUUAGCUCUCUAAAUGUUUCUGAGUGGUACUUGGUUUUUAUGGGGAUCAUCUGAAGCAACCCAGAUGUUGUUAAUGGUCAAUUCCCAGCAUCCCCAGGAAGCAUGACCAAGGAGAGGUUGCUGGAAGUUACAGAUCAGCAACUUUUGGAAAAAGCUUGCCGAACCCUGUAAAAUGUGAAUGCCAAUUGAUGCUCUCUGCUCUGGAAGCUUAUCGUCAUCCAGCCUUUACGCUGCUACACAAGGAAGUCACCGCAGUUGCUUGUAGAAGAAAUCUGGAACAUGCUGUACCCGCAUUAGAUUGUGUUCCUGCUUUAUUUCCUGUGUUUGAAGACUGAACCCAGAUUCCUGGAGACAGAAGCUAGGAGAAAAAUUGUAGCCCCAAGCACUAAAGUGCAACUGUUAAUCAGGAUGAAAUCCCAUCGAUAGCAUGCUCAGACCUAGUCCAACUGAGCAAGAAGAACUGAUGCAUGACAGGAAGGAAUAUGUUGAAAUGGAGGCAAAGUUUCCAAGUGAUAAACCAUUCAGUGUUUUGGAGAGGAGGAAUUGUUUUGUUCCCCAGUAACAGCCACAACAACUUCAUCUAAUAAAAGUUGGAACUGUCAAGUAACCUGAUCUUAAAUCAUCCUCUUAUUGGUGUCUGCAAGGAAUCCUCAGAUGUUUUAUCCAAAAACCAGCUGGGCUAGUGUUCAUCUUAAUGAUUUCAAGCCUUAUUGAAAAAUAAAAGCCAAAUGCUUCCCUGGAAUGGUCACUGGCUUCUCAGCAGU